AAAAUGGUGUCCAAGCUCACGUCGCUCCAGCAAGAACUCCUGAGCGCCCUGCUGAGCUCCGGGGUCACCAAGGAGGUGCUGGUCCAGGCCUUAGAGGAGUUGCUGCCAUCCCCGAGUUUCGGGGUGAAGCUGGAGACGCUGCCCCUGUCCCCGGGGAACGGGGCCGACCCCGACACCAAGCCAGUCUUCCAUACGCUCACCAACGGCCACGCCAAGGGCCGCUUGUCUGGGGACGAGGGCUCCGAGGACGGGGACGACUAUGACACCCCUCCCAUCCUCAAGGAGCUGCAGGCGCUCAACACCGAGGAGGCGGCGGAGCAGCGGGCGGAGGUGGACCGGAUGCUCAGCGAGGACCCCUGGAGGGCUGCGAAAAUGAUCAAGGGCUACAUGCAGCAACACAACAUCCCUCAGAGGGAAGUGGUCGAUGUCACAGGUCUCAACCAGUCCCACCUCUCUCAGCAUCUUAACAAAGGCACCCCCAUGAAGACCCAGAAGCGCGCAGCCCUCUACACCUGGUACGUCCGAAAGCAACGAGAGAUCCUCCGACAAUUCAACCAGACAGUCCAGAGUUCUGGAAAUAUGACAGACAAAAGCAGUCAGGAUCAGCUGCUAUUUCUCUUUCCAGAGUUCAGUCAACAGAGCCAGGGGCCUGGGCAGUCCGAUGAUGCCUGCUCUGAGCCCGCCAACAAGAAGAUGCGUCGCAACCGGUUCAAAUGGGGGCCCGCGUCCCAGCAAAUCUUGUACCAGGCCUACGACCGGCAAAAGAACCCCAGCAAGGAAGAGAGGGAGGCCUUAGUGGAGGAGUGCAACAGGGCAGAAUGUCUGCAGCGAGGCGUCUCCCCCUCCAAAGCCCACGGCCUGGGCUCCAACCUGGUCACUGAGGUCCGUGUCUACAACUGGUUUGCAAACCGCAGGAAGGAGGAGGCGUUCCGGCAGAAGCUGGCCAUGGACGCCUACAGCUCCAACCAGACGCACAGUCUGAACCCCCUGCUCUCCCAUGGCUCUCCCCACCACCAGCCCAGCGCCUCUCCUCCAAAUAAGCUGUCAGGCGUCCGCUACAGCCAGCCGGGGAACAGUGAGGUCACUUCCGCCUCAACAAUCAGCCACCAUGGCAACAGUGCCAUGGCAACCAGCCAGUCUGUUUUACAGCAAGUCUCUCCAGCCAGUCUGGACCCUGGCCACAGUCUCCUCUCACCUGAUGGUAAAAUGCAGAUCUCCGUCUCCGGAGGUGGUUUGCCCCCUGUCAGCACCUUGACGAAUAUCCACAGCCUGUCCCACCAUAAUCCCCAGCAAUCUCAAAACCUCAUCAUGACCCCCCUCUCUGGAGUCAUGGCCAUUGCACAAAGCCUCAACACCUCCCAAGCACAGAGCGUCCCCGUCAUCAACAGUGUGGCCGGCAGCCUGGCAGCCCUGCAGCCUGUCCAGUUCUCCCAGCAGCUGCACAGCCCUCACCAGCAGCCCCUCAUGCAGCAGAGCCCCGGCAGCCACAUGCCCCAGCAGCCCUUCAUGGCAGCCGUGACUCAGCUGCAGAACUCGCACAUGUACGCACACAAGCAGGAACCCCCCCAGUAUUCCCACACCUCCCGGUUUCCAUCUGCGAUGGUGGUCACAGAUACGAGCAGCAUCAGUACGCUUACCAACAUGUCUUCCAGUAAACAGUGCCCCCUCCAAGCCUGGUGAUGCCCACCCAUCACUUACUUUGUGCACAGCAACAAGGACCCUAUUUGCCACACCGUCCGCCUCCAGGCAGCUGUCACGGAAAAGGCCAGUGGCCUGACAGGCACCUUCGAGAGAGGUCCCUGCCUACCUGACAUCCUGCUGGUGUCCCGGACAGACAAGGACAGCCCGCUGGGAGGCACAGCCCAGAGUGCGGCUUCCUUCCCCUUCUACGCAGUAUUGUUGCCAUGUCUCUCCCAAGAUGUCCAGGACUCCCAUCCGGCCCACGGGUGGGAGCCGAGAAACCACGGAGGAGGAAGAGAGAAAGCUGUCGUGUCUACGUUGCGCUCCCUCGUCGAACAAACUGAUGUGAAAAACUUGAAUCUGUUACUGAAAUGAGGAGGACACGUGCUAUUGAACUGAGCCAAACACACUGUAAAUAUGAGCAGCCUCCCGCCCCCUACCCCAUCCCAGCUGAUCUUGAGAUUUCUUUUGAAGAAGUAAAUUUCUCCAAUGGGUGUAAACUAUAACCUAAUGUAAUUAAGUGCAAUUGCCCCUCCGCUUCCUCCCCCCCCACCCUGUAUAUAAUACUAAAGUGUCUAUUAGUUCUCUUUGUAAAGGUCGGAGUUGAAUCUUCCAAGUGAUUGGCCCCCUUCCCCUCUCCAUGGAGAAAUAGCCUGAGUCGGGAGUGAAAGCUCCUCCCCUUUCCCUCCGGCCUGGACACACACCCACACAUCAGGACCGUGUCUGUGGGACUGACCACCAGCUAACGCCGGCCUCCUGUUGUGAAGACACACGUCUGGAUCCUGGAGGGGCCGCACAUGGCGGCAGACUGAUACCCUAGCUUCCGGCAGGGCUGGGGGUUCAGCCAGUCCACCACCAAGAUGCCGCAAGGCAGGACAACUGGCUGCUUGACAGCACAAGAAAGCAUGACUCUCUCCGAAAGCCUCCCAUUAAAACAAUUUAUUUUAUCACUGCC